CCAAUGCCCAAUGGAUCAAUCCCCCAUCCCAUCACCCCCUCUCGAGGAAGGCCCAUAUCCUCGUCAUGGAACUGCCCGCCGGAUGGAAGACUCUCCGGUGAGGGCUAUAUAAACCUUCAGCUCAUCCUCCCUCGUCGUGUUCCUCUCCUUCUUCCUCUUCUAUCCCAUCAAGUCUUUCUUUGUGACCCUGUCCUUCCCAUCUUCUUAUAUACCCUUCCCCUCAGAGCGUUAGUCUUUAGGACUUGUCUUCUCAACUUCUCCUGUUCACUUUGUUCUGGACACUGCUCUGAACCAAGAAACCCGACGUUUUAUCAUGGCGACCCAUCACUACCAGUCUCCUGCUCUUCCCAUCAAUGUCCCAUCGAAGGCGCCGGCUCCUGCCAGCCUCUACCCUAUUAGCAGGGUAGCUGGGUCUCCUCCGGAGAUCACCGACACCAGCACGACUGCAGGAAGCCGCACCUCUGCAGGUUUCAGUUACGGGUCCGGCAGCCUCAGCGGCGACUAUGAAUCGAGCUCUGUCUCAUACUCUGGCGUGGAUGUUGUCGAUAUUCUGAACGACCGCAUGCAGGACGUUUUCGAUCCCACCCCCUUGGACAAGGGAUUGGCGUUGCAGGCCCAAGCCUCUGGUCAACUAAAUGCCAAACAACGAGAGCUUCUAGAACUACAAGCUCUGGCUCAACGUCGUUUGAAGGGCGUUCGUGCCACUUUCAACGAUGGUAUCAAAGUUGCUCGGGAGACCAAGCGGGACUUGGAGUGGACCCAGAAGCGUGUUAAUGCUUUGAAGACAAAAGCUGAGAAUGCGUUCCCCGACGAGUAUAGACGAGCGGCCAGGAAAUAUACCUUUGACGACUGAAUUUCCGCAAGGGCUCUUUGGCUCUGUUUGGCUUCUGUUCACUCUUGGGAGGUACACUUUUGACGAAGAUGAUGACGGCUUCCGUUUGGGGAAAUUUGGGUUUCUGGGCUCGGAUCAGGCGUACUUUCUUGAUAGGCGAUUUGCUCGGCGACAUCUUGCGACUUGGGAUUUUGGGAUGGUACACGUCGUUGCUUUUUUCUCGGGCGCAGUCUUUAAUUAUAGACGCGUCUUUUCUCGAUAGUACAUCGAUUCCGAUGGAAUAUAUUGUUGAUUUUUCGAA